AUGACACAACGCCUAAAGCUCACCAGCGACAACCUCUCCACCAUUGCCUCGCAGCAAGGAGAGCAGAGAGUCCAGGUCCCUUCCUACGACCGCAAGUCGCUCAAGGAGGGCAUCGUCCACGUCGGUGUCGGCGGUUUCCACAGAGCUCACUUGGCUGUCUACGUCGACAAGCUGCUCCAGAAGCAUGGUGAGCGCGACUGGGCCAUCUGCGGUAUCGGCCUGCGUCCCAACGAUGCCGCCAUGCGCGAUGUUCUCAACGCCCAGGACCACCUCUACACCGUCAUUGAGCGAUCCGCAAAGGGCAGCUUCGCCGACGUUGUCGGCAGCAUCAACUCCUUCCUUUUCGCUCCCGAUGACCGUGAGGCCGUCAUUGCAAAGAUGGCUCAUCCCGAUACUCACAUCGUCUCCCUCACUAUUACUGAGAGUGGCUACUACUACAACGAGAACACCCAUCAAUUGAAGGAUGAGCACCCCGACAUCCAGCACGAUCUCAAGAAGGAGAACGAGAACGCCCCCAUCAGCACUUUCGGCUUCCUCUACGCCGCUCUUGCCCGCCGCCACCAGCAGGGCCUCAAGCCCUUCACCGUUCUGUCUUGCGACAACAUGCAGAAGAACGGUUCCAUCACCCGCAGCAUGCUCGAGUCUUUCGCCAAGCUCAAGAACCCCGAGCUUGCCAAGUGGAUCGCCGAGGAGGGUGCUUUCCCCAACGCCAUGGUUGAUCGCAUUACCCCCAGCACUUCCGAGAACGACAUCAAGUCGCUCGCCGAGAACUUUGGCAUUGAGGAUGCCUGGCCCGUUGUGACCGAGCCCUUCAUGCAGUGGGUUGUUGAGGACAAGUUCUCCGAUGGCCGUCCUCCCUUCGAGAAGGUCGGUGUCCAGGUCGUCGCCGACGUUCACGAUGUCGAGCAGUUUGAGAAGCACAAGCUUCGUCUUCUCAACGCCAGUCACUCCGCCAUGGCUUACCCCGGACAGCUCGCUGGUUUCAAGUACGUCCACGAGGUCUUGGAGAACCCCAUUUACCGCAAGUUUGUCUGGCAGAUGAUGCAGGAGGAGGUCAAGCCCCUUCUUCCCGAGAUCCCCGGUGUCGACAUUGACAAGUACUGCGAGACCCUUAUGGAGCGAUUCUCCAACCCCACCAUCAUGGACCAGAUCCCCCGUGUCGCCCUCAACGCUUCCGGCAAAAUCCCCCAGUUCAUCAUGCCCUCCAUCGCCGAGAACAUCUGGGUUACUGGCCCAUUCCGCCGACUGUGUUUCGUCGCCGCCGCCUGGUUCAUCUACCUCAACGGUGUCGACGACAAGGGCAACAAGUUCGAGGUUGACGACCCCCUGCGCGAGAAGCUUCAGGCUCUUGCCAAGGAGGGCGGUCCCGACCCUCGCUCUAUCCUGAGCGUCCGAGAACUGUUUGGUGACGAUUUGCGAGGUGACCAGCGCUUCUUGGACGAGGUGACCAAGGCCAUGGCUCUGAUCACCAAGGAUGGUGUCUUGGAGACCAUCCCCAAGUACGUCAGCUAA